UCUGUUUAUCUGUAAUGAUGCUGCUGGAAUCUUAAUUUCCCUGAGGGAACCCUCCCAAAGGGAUCAAUAAAGUUUAAUCUAAUCUAAUCUAAUCUAAUCUAAUCUAAUCUAAUCUAAUCUAAUCUAAUCUAAUCUAAUCUAAUCUAAUCUAAUCUAAUCUAAUCUAAUCUAAUCUAAUCUAAUCUAAUCUAAUCUAAUCGACUCUCAUCCACAAGUUGAUUCUGGCUGCAGUUCUGCUGCACUGAAUAUUCCCACCUAAAUCUUUUUUUUUUCCUUAUGAGAUGGAUUGCUUACAUAACUCUAUUGUGCACUGCACCAUGAUUAUACAUUUCACACCCCACCGCCUCUGUUGUGGAGAAAUAGUGGUUGAAACACUGUUCUUUCUCAAAAUUACUCAAACAUGGGUGGACCUAGUUUCAUCUCUCUCUCUCUCUCUCUCUUUAUUUAUUUGAUGCCUGUCUCUCUCACCACUUGUGUGUUUUCUCAGUACCUCUCAUUCUCACUCGGUUGUGCAGAACGUCUGUGAUGUAUGAGAAGCUUCAGCGUUCUCACAGCGUAACACUAAUGACCUGUCACACAGCCUUGUAUUAAACUACAGUAUACUACAGAAAAGUAAACAAGCUCGAGUGAAAUUAUACACAUUACAGAUCAAAUUACACUGAAAUCUCCAGAGCAAUAAAAUUGAUAAUGGUUUGAUGGCUGAGAUAAUUUCUGUUUGUGUUGAUGUCAGUGCACCAGGAGAUGUGAGAUGACUGAUGAUGAUGUAAGCUUGUACAUUUCUUCCUGACAUCACCGGACUCUUGACUUAACUGCUGUUGCUAUGGGUUUGGGUGCAGUUUUCCCAGUUUGAAUGCACCUCUGUCUGUGUUUGGUCGGUGCAGCUGAGACAGGAGAUGCUGUGUUCUCCUCUGAUACACUGCUGCUGUUUUUCAUAAGCAGUGCAGUGAAUUUACAGUUUUUGGUGUUUAUGUAAUAUGUCACUCUCUAUCAUUCCAUUUUCCCUCCCUCUGUCUCUCUCUCUCUCUCUCUCUCUCUCUCUCUCUGUCUUUCCUCACGAACUGAGUGAGGCAGCAAGUAGCCCACAUCAUAUCGUCAUGGAAACAGCAUGCGAGUGUUAGCAAGAGGGAAUGAGGAGCGAGAGGGAGGGAGAGGGACGGAGAACAAGUAGGAACUGCAUUAGAAAACAAGCCCAGUCUCCAGAGCCAUCUGAAAGUCUCAAAACUAUUGGAAUGCUAACUGAUCUCUUGGACUUUCUGGCAACUGUUAAAUAACUACUGAAGAAUAAUCACCAUGCCACUCCGAUUCUCACUGAUACUUCAGGUGCUCACAGUGUCCUGAGAGUCCAUAUGUCAAAGAAACUGAUGGAAUCGAUUUGGCUCUGAAAAAAGCCGUUUUGACACAAUCAUCUCCCUGAAAAACAAAGACAAAAUUUGUCCUGGAAGAACAAUGGAGCAAACAACCUUGUUUUGUUCAUCUCAGACUUGGAAAGGUCCCAAUGUUUCAACGUUUUCCUCUGAGUGGGAUGAUACGCUGAACUCCUACCUUUUAGCACCUGAUGUCAUUAAACCUCCUCCACAAUUCCAAGAUCCAGAGGAACCAUGCCAGGCCACACCUACCAAUGUUACUAUCAUUAGAAAGAGGGAUAAAGAUAUGGUCAGGACAGGAGCCACACAAAAAGAGCGCAGGAGCAGACCUGUCAGUGCCAUAGAACACCACAGACGUUCAUUAUCACUUUCCACAGCCAUCACCUCCAACCCAGGUGCAACACGGCGCCGGUGUGAAAGCUAUGCCCUGUCGUAUCCCAGCAGCAGCUCUGAUGACAGUGGCAGUGACAGCACUUCUGUGAGGAGAGGAGAUCGUCUUCCUGAUGCGGUGCCUCAGCACAAGGCUCGGAGCAUUGUUCUGAGAAAGGCCAAGAGGAAACCGGCUCCACCUACACGGACAGUUUCGCUGCCCCGACUUUCAGACGUGACGCCUCCCGAGCGUAGAACAAAGAGUCUCUACAUUCCCAAUGAUGCACAGAACGCCAUACUCCUUCCAGACCUUAUUCCAUUAUCUAAAGAAGAAGCUGAUGACUCCAGGAAGACCACGUUCACUCCGGAAGCACCAGGAGAUGUUCCAGUGAAUCAGGCCAUCUCCAGUCACAAGCCAUUAAAUGAGUUAAGGUCUAGUGAACCAUGCAAGUCAAGCACAAGUUCCUCUGUGGGAUAUCCUCUAAAUGAACCUGCAAAAGUCCCUUGCAACUCUGACUGCAACAACUCUCCAUCAUCUUCUCGAUCUUCUCCCUCCCAACCUUCUAUCUCCUCCCCUACCAAACCGCCUGGCUCAGCCUCACCCUCCAGUGGCUACUCAAGCCAGUGCGAGACUCCCACUCAGCCAAUUGCUAUUACGACAGGAGCCUGCAGAAUGCGGCCCAAACCCUCGGGUGCUGUUCCUGGCCAACAGGUCCGAAACUGCAGAUCAAGAUUAUCCCUGCAGUUACCCGACACACAAGCAGUUAGCCCGAAUCCAGAACCUUCUGUUGUCCUGCCAAAAGUCAACCGCCGUUACUCUGAUGCCUCACAUCCGAAGCAGAGGCUGAGUAACAGCAUGCUGAUAAUGCCUGUGGUGACUCAGGAAGACCUGAACAAUGUGCGCUUGCGUUCAGUCAGCAGCUCUGACCUGGACACCACAGCUGUCAUUGAGGAAGAGAAUGAAAGGGAUGCAGGGUCUGUUGCUGCUCAGAACAGCCCAAAACACAAACCCCCUGUAGCACCUAAGCCACCUGUGUCUAAAUGGCCACCUUGUGCAGCAGCAGGGAUGAAUUCAAGCACAUCUUCUGCAGAUCCGACAGUAACCAGUGCCAAUUACGGACAAAGCAGCAUUUACUCAACGGUUAACAAAGUUAAGCCCAAGGUUGUUCUUCCGUCCUCAUCAAAUGUCAAUAGUGACCAUCGGCAGCAAUCUCUAGAGCAUAGGAAGGAGACUAACUGCUUACAAUCCCAGUGUAGUUCUGAUUAUACAAAUGCAUUGUCCUUCAAACCUGCUCCUGAUGCCAAACCGAGUGAAGCACAGAAGAAGAGAAGAGCACCAGCUCCUCCGGUUUCAAAGAGACCCAAUACAGUCUACUUACCCUGUAAUAACAUGCCUGUAGUGGAUAAGCAUGUCCAGCCACCUCCGAGUGAUUCAAAGUCAGAGAGUUCUCAACGGGAAUAUCACGUCACGGUGUACGGACUCAUUCCAACUUAUUCACAAGUUGAUGAAAAAGGUCCACCAAAUGUACCUGAGUAUGAAUUAUACGAGAAAGAGGACGAUGGGCAAGUGCCAGAAAUCGGCGAGCUUCAUCUGGUGAAUGAAGAGGAUGAGGUUUUUCUUCACAAGCCCUCCUCUCACACAACAGAGGACCUUUUCACCAUUAUUCACAGGUCGAAGAGGAAACUCCUGGGUCGCAAAGACUCUUUAGAUAACAAGCAAGCUGACUUUGGCACUCACACUCUCGGCAGUGGUUCUAAGGCUACUUACCAGAAUGACAACUUCAUGGCUCUUCUGAGAAGGACGAGAAGUGCCAAGGCCAGUUGCGGGAGUCGAAUCUCAGCUGCAGAACUUCUGAGGAGUUCAAAACCUGCAGCUACUGGCUCCGCAGAUCUGACCAGCUACAAAAAACACAACUGGAUGCAAUCUUAUGGUCCUUGAACUGUCACUGUCAUCAGUUCUGUUUGGCUGAAUAUCACAUUGUGCUCGUUUUAAGCUUGUGAACAACCUGCUUGUAUUAAAAACAACAACAACAACAACAACAAGAACCACCUGCUGUUUGAAAGUUUCAGAAAUUUGACAGUUUAGAUAUUGUUUAAUCUUUAAAACUAAAAACCUUCUUUGGUAACUAAAGAUUACGACAAGUAAAAUGAGUAAAGGGUUCAUAUUCUGCAAAUUGCAAAUGCUAACAUAAAGAGCUGGCUUUAUAUCGUCUAAAUGUUAGGUAUAAUUUAUGUUAUACUAUAAAAUGUAUUUGUCUCGACUGCCUUGAGUGGAAUUUUGUGAAACAGCACAGUAAUGCUGUAUAUUAUUGACUGUUUUCAAAACAUAUCAUACUGUAGAUCUAUUCAGAGUAUUAAAUUUCUAUCCAUAUGGGACAAAUGUUUGUCUUGUACACAAGAUGCAUCAGAAUGUUAUAAUUAUAACAAAAUAGUUUAUUCUGUUCACUGCAGUACAAUAUAAAUAAGGAUACACAUUGUGACGAUUCACUUACAUAAGUAUGCUCUAACAAAUAAACAAACUGUCCUCGGCAUGAGGGAAAGUGUGAUAUCUGAGACAGAGCUUGGAAAAGUAAUGAGAAGGAAUUAAUAUAAUCUUCAGGUCACUUGGACUAAUCUGUCGUGCUGUCAUACACCUGAUACGGCUGGACUGGAGGAUUACACACCUGACAACCUGCAAAACACAAACACUUUAACGUCGUUCACUUCAAAGCUGACUUUUUCACCUUCCAUGCAAUAGACUGCAGUUUUUUGGGGGCUUUGGGAAUUUUUAAAUGGACAUCAACUGUGUGAAAUCUGUGAUGUUUAUCAGCAUUAUGGAAGGACUGUGUUCUGAUAUGACCUCAUUCAGCUUGGGUAAGUGUUUCUGAGCAAUAUAUCAGUACAAUAUUAACAGAACAAGAAGAGGAAGGUGUGUGUGUGUUGUGUGUAUGUGUGUGUGUUUGUUUGUUCUAUAAUUUUAUAUGAUUCAGAGAGAAAAUUUGCAUGUGUAAAUGGAAUAUAAUACACACACAUCCUAGUACAGUGCUUGUUUUUACUCACACACACACAGUGGAUGUUCUGUUCCUCUAAAUA